AUGAAUCAUAUAGUAAGAAAAAUAGAAGAAAAACUUGGUGUAGAUUUAAAUGGUGAUGGUCGAAUUGGAGGACCUGGAAUAAGUGCUAAAUUUGAACAAGCUACACAUAUUGAUUUAAAUCGUGAUGGACUUAUUGGUGGAUAUAGACCACCACCGGGUGGAGGUCUUGUUGGUAAACUUGAACGAAUGACACAUAUUGAUUUAAACAGAGAUGGAUAUAUUGGUGGUCGACCAGGAAAUUAUUGGCCUCCACCGGCAAAUCAUAACAAGAAACAUUAA